CGGGGCUCGCCGGGAAGGGCUCGGCCGUGUACGGGGCACCGCCGCGGGGUCCGCCGGGCCCGGGGAGCCGCUGUCCAACGGCUCUGAGCCGCGGCUGAGCCAUUCGGGUCCGCAGGCCGCGGGCGUCCUUACAGGUUGUCCGUGCGGCCUGCGAGGCUGCGGCCCCUCAGCCGAGGCCAGAGUGUGACCACGGGGGUGACCCGGCACCGCUGUCCCCUCCCUGCUGCCCGUCUCAGGUGCCGCCCGGCCCCUCUCGGAGCUGAGCCCCCGGGCAGUGGCACUCGGGGUGUUCGUGGCUUCCCAGCCCUGCCUGGGGCCGGCGGGGGGGAGGCGGCUCCCCCGGCAGCCUGCGGAAGGGCUGUGUGAGGCUUUGCCUUGGUGGAACCGGGCUGUGGGUGGGAGCUCUGGAGGGGGGUGCUGCAGGCACAGCUGGCACAGCCCAGCGGGAAGAGUGUAGCAUUGACAGAGGGGCAAAUUGAGGUUGCAGGUGUCUGAAAAAGAAGAGAGCAGAGGUGACAGAAGGAUUUUGCUUCCCCUGCACAGCUGGACUGUGUUUUAUUAUAACCUGAUCUGAGCCUAUGUCUCUGGUGCUGUCACUCGGAUCAGAGAUUUCUGUAGAAUUAGAUUGGAUAUUGGGAAGGAGUUCUUGGCUGUAAGGGUGGUUGAAGCCCCGGCCCAGGCUGCCCAGAGAAGCUGUGGCUGCCCCAUCCAUGAAGUUAUUCAGGCCACAUUGCACGGGGCUUGGAGCAAGCUGGUCUAGUAGAAGGUGUGCUCAUGGCAGGGGGUGGAACAGGAUUGUUGGAAAUGAUACAACUUCUAAGUUUUUAAACUAACUUUUUUUAAUCAGGGGUUUUGUUCAUCUUUGCCCAGGAAGGAAAUGGAGGUUUCUUUUCAAGAGACUGUUCCCUGGGCAAGACCCGAUGAGCUUAACAUCUCGAGGGACUGGGAGCCACCAGAGGAUGCACAAGAGAAGCCUCAGCAACUGCCUCUGCUUGCCCAAGAAUUCAAAAGCAAAGCUGAAGAGGUUUCCAGAUGGAUCUGCAGGAGAAGACCUGAACUCCACAGGGACACUGGGCUGCAGGGGCAAAUGCCUAGUUUCUCUCCACUCUGGUCCCUGCUGUGUUGAGUACAACCCCGGACCAUUUCACUUGAGCCGUGUGAAGAAUUAUGUGCCCACGGGCAGCCACUGCUCCAAGCCAGCUGUGAUAUUUACCACCAUCAAGAACAAGCUGGUCUGUGCCAACCCUAAUGAGAAGUGGGUCAAGGACAUAAUGAAUCAAUUAAAGGACCAUAAGCACAGUGGAUAAGCAAUACCCUGCUCUCUCCAAGCACCACUUCUGCAGGAAUGUGCUCUCAUGGACACCUCCAAGACAUAAUCUAUUUUCUCAUUGCCUGGGAAUUUGGCAGGGUAUUCAACUCAGUGUUUAGCUCUUUUAUGGAAGGCUGUGCAAUGCCGGUCUUAAUUUAUUUGAUAUUUUCAGUGAAACUUUUCAUUCUCCAUUGUACUGAAAGUGUUGAAGUUAUUUUUGUAUAAUAAAAAGGAGCAAAACUUGCAA